AUGUCAAUACAAACCAGCCCCGGCAUCCCACUCUCCCACGCGCCCGACGGAACGGGGUACAAGCUCCUGGAGCUGCCGCCCGAGCUGUUGGAACUGCUCGAAAGCCCCGACCCACCCACCAGGAACGCCCUCCACCCCUCACCCACAGCCGCCCUCCUUAGGACGAAGUCCAAGACCUACUCGCUCCGCCAAAAGAACACCUCCAACGCCCUCAUCCUGCUCGCACCCACCGCCACCACCACCACAGGCGACGACGGCACGUCAUCAUCGCCAACAGCAGCAGUAGUAGUAGGGGGCCUGAGCACGAUCGCCACCGUGCACGACACGACAGAGCUCGUGCCCGAGGACGAGGCCGCGGCGGCGCCGGCGGCGAAGGCGAGGGGGAAGUGGCAUGAGAAGUUUGGGCGGAGCCGUUGA